AUGGAGACAACACAACUUCCACCGAAAAGAUUCAGGGACGAAACAGAGGUCUCAGGCGAUGCUACCUCAAGUCCUAGUAAACGAUCACGGGAAGAGCCACAUGAUACUCCUGAAGGAUCGUCCAACACAGACGCGUGUGGUCCCAUGCCAGCAGCUUCUCACACACCUGGUGGACCCCCUAAUGGGAAGCAGAAAAGUAAAAAAGCAGACGUAUGGGCCUUUGGCCGGAAGGGCAAACGAGAUCGAUGGCGGCAAGAUGCCCAGGUACGAGCUGCCGCUGAAUCGGGGAUCGGAUUCGAUGGAGACCUGGGAAACGCACCAAGAUCUGAUCCCAAUGAACUGAAGAAGGAACGUUUGCCAAAGAAGAAAUGCGUGAUGCUGAUAGGUUUCUGCGGUGCUGGGUACAACGGAAUGCAGAUUCAAAACGACUGCGAAGGCGCAAAAACUAUUGAAGGAUCACUCUUUGAGGCUCUAGUUAAAGCUGGAGGAGUGAGCGAAGACAAUUCAGACGAUUCCACGAAGGUGGCCUUUGCCAGAGCUGCUCGUACGGAUGCAGGCGUUCACGCUGCUUGCAACGCAAUUUCUCUCAAAUUGAUUACACAGAUCCCGUCGCUAGUAGAAGCAGGAGUAGAGCUGGUGUCUCACAUCAAUACCUUCUUGCCUCCUGAGAUACGGGUGUGGGAUAUUGUUAGGACAAAUAACAACUUCAAAUCAUGCAAUAGCCGUGUCUAUGAAUACCUCUUCCCAUCGUACAUGCUCAUGCCGCCAUUCCCUUCCAGCGCACUCGCCAAAACCGUCAAUCGAGUAAACAAAGAGCUCACCUUGCCGCCAUUGGAGCCUCCAUGGGACCUGCCACUAGAACCGCCCGAGCACGAAAUACUCGACGAGAUACGAAGAUCUUUUCGUGCCUCGAUAGAGGACAUCACGCGUGUCCGGUUACUCUUGAAAAAGUACGAAGGAACACACAACUUCCACAAUUACACCAUUGGAAGGGAUUUUGUAGACAACAGCUCGAAGCGAUAUAUGAUCAACAUCGAUGUUCGAGGACCCCGUGUGUACGAUGGUCUGGAAUGGAUAAGCCUGAGGUUUCAUGGACAAAGUUUCAUGCUACACCAACGCAAAAUGGUUGGGCUCGUGAUACUCGCAGCACGAACCCGAACAUCACCAAACCUCAUCGUCAAAACGUUCGAACAAACUCGUAUCCAUGUCCCAAAAGCCCCGGCCCUUGGUCUAUUGCUCGAACAACCCCAAUUCGGGGUGUACAAUAAAAAGGUCGAAGAAUCCAAUGAACACGUCAGAACAUCGACAUCGAAAACGGGAUCAGAACAAGGACACAAGGGGAAUCUAUCCAGAAAUGAUAUUAUAAGAGACGUUAUCGAUUUAGAGAAGCACCGGGAAAUCAUCGAUGAGUUUAAGGUCCGCAUGAUUUACUCGCGGAUGAGGGAGGAAGACACCAAGUCGCACAUCUUUUCCCAAUGGGUUUCUUUCAUCGAUUCGUACCCUGGACCCGACUUCGAAUAUCUCAAUGCUGGGGGCGUUAUUACGGAGGCAGCAAUACAGAAAAAAGGUGUUCAGCGUGACACAGCAUUCAAAGAGCCAGUGGAGUCCGGAGCGAAUGACGUCGAUGAGAAUACUUUGGACUUGAAGUCGGCAGAAACAGAUGGCUGA